AUGUCUGCAACAAGCAAUAACUCAAUCUUUUUCUCGUCCCUUGAUGACGUUUCUUUACCCCCUCUGAAGGAACUUGGUACACAACAAGCACAGCCAAAGUCCUUCCCUGUCCUUUUGCAACCUGAAGUUCAAAGACUUACUUCCUUCUCACUGUUAGGGACGAAACAAGGCUGUCCAAGAACUUUCUUGAUUAAAGAACUUGACUUUAGUCUUGUAUCCAAUACGGCUCUAAAACCAUAUAAUGAACGUACUUCUAUUGUAAUUGACCAAACAUGGGUUCGUACGCCAACGACAUAUCAAGAACCAUCUUCAUAUGAUGACAGAAAUUUAUCUGAUCAAGACGUGUGGGGAACUCUAAUGUUUAAUUCAUCUCAAGAAACAACACCCGUAUCACAACGUUAUUCACAUGCCGAACUUUCAGCGGAAACUACCCCUCGGUCAUUCAAUCAACGUCUAAGACAAGAAUUAUCUAAUAAGGAGAAUGAUUCUGAGAAUAAAGAAUUUCCAUGCACCGAGUGUGAUAAGAUAUAUAGGGGAAAGAACGCGCGCUCAAUUUUGCGCAGACACCUUAAAGAUAAACACAAGAUCGAACAACCAAGAGGUACACGCUGGGAUAAUGACCCAAAUCGUCCUAAAACGGACGAAGAACGACGACAGAGAAUGUUAGAGUCAAAGCGAAGGUCCGCAUUAAAGGCCCGUGAAAGAAAGAACAAUCAAAAGGCCUUGCUGCAACAUUCUAACAAUAACUACAACAACCACAACCAACCAAGAUUUUGUCGCGAACCUUAUCCUGUUUCAAAAGCAGAACUUUCAUUAAUUUUGUCCCCACCACACACACCAACUACAACUGACUGUGGUCGAAAUUUAUGUUCGUCACCAGCCCAUUACCACAUUAAUAAGAUACAUUAA